CCACAUCAGAAAGGAGGGGCCUGGUGACGUCACGGCGGAGCUGAAGAUUUGCCAGCUAAGAGGACGAGCUCCAUCAAAGCAGUGCAACUUUCCACACGCUCACUCUGCAGUGCGGAAGAUAAAGACGGCGGCGUCAACCUUCAUUUACAGACUUUAGAGAAGAACGUUUCGUCCUGUGCGCUGUAGCUUAGUUUAAAAGAUACGAAAUGCAAACUGGAGGCGAAACACGUUGAGGAAUUAUCGUUAGGAGAGCGAACUGUGGACAUGGCAGAUCUGCGCACAUCCGGGACACUGCGUCGGGACUCCAUUAUUCUCAAUUAACUGAAAGUAGCUGACUAGCUUAGCAUAGCUUAGCGUAGCUUAGCAUACCAGAAAGAGGGACGGGGGGUAAAACUGGCAGUGCUUUCUAAUUUAAACGGAAUUUCUGCGCCCAAGCUGGAAAGGUAAAGGAGAUGUCUAAUCAAGGAGGAAGGAGAAAUGGACCUGUUAAGUUGCGUUUAACAGUGCUGUGUGCGAAGAACCUAGCGAAGAAAGACUUCUUUCGCCUGCCUGACCCUUUUGCCAAAGUGGUGGUGGACGGUUCUGGGCAGUGUCACUCUACAGACACUGUGAGAAACACUCUGGACCCAAAAUGGAACCAGCACUAUGACUUAUACAUCGGGAAAUUGGACUCCAUCACUAUUAGUGUGUGGAACCAUAAGAAAAUCCACAAGAAGCAGGGUGCUGGCUUUCUGGGCUGCGUACGGCUUCUCUCCAACUCCAUCAACCGCCUCAAAGACACAGGCUAUCAGAGAUUGGACCUAAACAAGCUGGGACCCAAUGACAGUGACACAGUGAGGGGUCAGAUAGUAGUGAGUCUUCAAUCCAGGGACAGGAUUGGCACUGGUGGGCCUGUGGUGGACUGCAGCCGCCUAUUUGACAAUGAUCUACCAGAUGGCUGGGAGGAGAGGAGAACUGCUUCUGGUCGGAUUCAGUACCUGAACCACAUCACACGCAGCACGCAGUGGGAGAGACCAACCAGGCCGGCGUCGGAGUAUUCUAGUCCUGGUCGUCCCCUUAGUUGUUUGGUCGACGAGAACACACCCAUCAUGACGCCCAAUGGGGCAGCGGUUGCUCAAGCAGGCGAGCUGCGAGUGCAGGAGCGCCGCGUGCGAUCACAGAGACACAGAAAUUACAUGAGUCGAACUCACCUGCACACACCACCAGAUCUCCCCGAGGGCUACGAGCAGCGGACCACACAGCAGGGUCAGGUGUACUUCCUGCACACUCAGACAGGCGUCAGCACGUGGCAUGACCCCAGAGUUCCAAGGGAUCUUAGUAAUGUCAAUUGUGAGGAGCUGGGACCACUGCCUCCAGGAUGGGAGAUUCGGAACACAGCCACCGGCCGCGUCUACUUUGUUGACCACAACAACAGAACGACACAGUUCACGGACCCACGGCUCUCUGCCAACCUGCACCUUGUCCUCAAUCCCAGUCCUAACGGUUCACGAGGUGCUGGUGAGGCUUUGACCAGUCGUGUGGGUCAGCUGAAAGAGCAGGCCCAGACAGUGCUGUCUCCUGGAAAUCUGCCCGAUGAUGCUGAGUGUCUCACCGUGCCGAAGUACAAAAGAGACCUGGUGCAGAAGCUGAAGAUCCUCCGGCAGGAGCUUUCUCAGCAGCAGCCACAGGCAGGACAUUGCCGGAUUGAAGUGUCCCGGGAGGAGAUCUUUGAGGAGUCAUAUAGGCAGGUGAUGAAAAUGAGGCCAAAAGACCUGUGGAAGAGACUGAUGGUGAAGUUCAGAGGAGAAGAAGGACUGGAUUAUGGAGGUGUAGCAAGAGAGUGGUUAUACCUUCUGUCCCAUGAGAUGUUGAACCCAUACUAUGGACUCUUCCAGUAUUCACGUGAUGACAUCUACACGCUACAGAUCAACCCAGACUCUGCCGUCAAUCCGGAGCACUUGUCCUAUUUUCACUUUGUGGGCCGUAUAAUGGGUAUGGCUGUGUUCCACGGUCACUACAUCGACGGCGGCUUCACGCUACCCUUCUAUAAACAGCUGCUGGGCAAACCCAUCACUCUAGAUGACAUGGAGUCUGUGGAUCCUGAUCUCCACAAUAGCCUUGUCUGGAUCCUUGACAAUGACAUCACAGGGGUGUUAGACCACACAUUCUGUGUAGAACAUAAUGCAUAUGGAGAGAUCAUUCAGCAUGAGCUCAAACCAAAUGGCAAGAGCAUCCCGGUCACUCAGGACACCAAGAAGGAAUAUGUCAGGCUUUAUGUGAACUGGCGCUUUCUAAGAGGCAUUGAGGCUCAGUUCUUAGCCCUGCAGAAAGGCUUUAACGAGGUCAUACCACAACAUCUGCUCAAAGCCUUUGACGAGAAAGAGCUAGAGCUCAUCGUGUGCGGCCUGGGAAAGAUCGACGUUAACGACUGGAAGUCCAACACACGGUUGAAGCACUGCACCCCUGACAGCAACAUUGUGAAGUGGUUCUGGCGCGCCGUUGAGUCGUUUGAUGAGGAACGCCGAGCUCGACUGUUGCAGUUCGUCACUGGCUCAUCCAGAGUGCCACUGCAGGGUUUCAAAGCCCUUCAAGGAGCUGCAGGUCCACGUCUGUUCACCAUCCAUCAGAUUGAUGCCAACACUGAUAACUUGCCCAAAGCUCACACAUGCUUCAACCGCAUUGACAUUCCUCCAUAUGAACACUACGACAAGCUCUAUGACAAACUCCUGACAGCCAUAGAAGAGACCUGUGGCUUUGCUGUCGAGUGAUUCCUGUCACGAGAUGACAUGAGCAGGGAGGAAAGCUGGUUUUGUGGAAGGAGAAUGCUCUACACCCUAGAGCGAGCCGUCUGGGCCAGUAGCACUGCCCCUGUUAUCAGAAGAAGGGACAGAACUAGGAAUAGGUUGUUGAGGAUGGAACAUUUUGGUUUCUCUUCUUCUCUGCAUAUUUUUUCUUUUUCAAUUGUUAUAGAAGAAUUGACUUCAUUUUUUCAGCUGCUAGUAACACUCUGACUUUAUACUAUUUUGUAACAUGCAAACAAGUUUGCGAGCCCAACCGCCCCCCCACCUUUUUUUUUUUUUUUUUAUUAUUUGUUUUUUUCUUCUAAGCAUUAAGGGGAAAAAAAAAGACAGACAGUAUUUCAUGUAGCGUCUGUACCAACAGAACAGAGUAGCACUACUUCCUAUUCUGGAGAUGAACAGAAAUAUGCUACAUCUGUAGUUCAAGAGGUUCGGAGUGCUCAAAUAUCUUUUUGCACAACGGACAUUUUGGGCCCUGUGAUGAAGGUAGAAAGAAAAUACUUUUAAGCCCUUAGAUAUUUUUCAGUUAUCUCUGCUCCAUUCCCUAAGACCAGUCUCAACAGCAGUCUGACAUCGCAGCUUCUUUAAUUGAACAUAUGAAUGAUUUGUUUGUUUGUAGUCCACUGUUAUUUUUAUAUGAUGCAGGCUGGGAAAAUGGAGCAGUAAAAAAAAAAAAAAAAAAAAAAAACACAGCAAAAUGAUGUCAAAAAUGGGAUGACGAAGGAAUGCAGCGUCUUUGACUACAUCAUUCUGAAACCGGAGGAAUGGCUACCAUUUUUCCAAAAGAAACUAUGACCUCCACCGGUGUAUCGGUGAUGGCGAUCGAAGUCGAACACUCUCCCGUAGGUGUUAAGAUGCGUCGAUCACCAGUAAUCACAGCUGAGGUCAUCGUGUCCUCUCGUGCACUGUGGAGGGGGAGCAGGGUCAUCCUCGACAAGAAAAUUCCCAUCAGGAUAGAAACGCUUCAUCAGGAGGAUACAUGGCAUCAGUCAGAAUAACUUUACUGAUUUGUAGUAAUGCUUCCCUCACAACCCAUAGCAGGAAAAUAUCCCCUAGCAUAACAGAACCAGUGUUUUUUUUUUUUUUAGUUUUUGUAGAUGCAUCAUUUAUUACAGUCGUUGUUGCAGAAACAAAGUAGAAUAUGUACAUGCCGACAUUUAUUGUGGCUGUUUAAAAAAAGCUGAAUGUUUUUAAAGAACUUAUUUUUUUAGUGGCAUUAAGUUUUUGAAAUAAUGAUUUUAUUCCAUCAAUCGUGGAUCUCCUAAGGCCUAACCAAAUGUGUAUGUAUGCAGACGCAUAUGUAGGAGCAUGCUGAUGAGGUGGUACAUGUAUUUUAUUUUGUGUCCUUCACUCAUGGCGACUUAGUUCUGUACAGAUCUGUGUUUUGACAAAGCUCACCUUAAAGAAAAAAACCUCAAGCGUUCAGAUUGUUCUGGGCUUGAACACUAACACUAACUUUGCCUACUUUGACCCAUGAUCUUAAUCAGGGUUUAAUUCAUCAAUCAAUUUUUUUUUUAUUAAUGAAUUAAUGGUUUUAUCAAUUGGAGCUGCAAAUGAUGAAUUAUGAAGUAUUUUUAAAAUCAUGUAAUUAAAAAGGUAGGGUUCAUAUCAGUCAUGUAAUUUUUGAAGAAAAAGAGUGUCAGUGAUUAAAUGUAAAAGAGAAAUGUUAACAGUAUACCAGAAUGCCACAAAAGCAUGUCCCUUAUACCAUUUGUAUUCUUUCAUUCUUUUAAACUUGUAGAAACAAAUAUAGUACAACAUUUUUAUUCCAGAGUCAUCAUAAGAUUCCCAAGCAACAUUUUGAUUCUUAUAUAAUGUUUUUUUUGUUUGUUUGUUUGUUUUUUUAACAUCUUUAACAAACAUAUUUAUUUUAUUUUAUAAGCUCGUAUAAAUGGUUUGAAUGAAAUGCUCCUUGUCUAUAGCAAUCCUCUAUGACCAUGGACUGUUGUUAAAAAUUUGCAUAUGCUGAAAAUGAAUUACACUUCUUGUAUUACUUUUUUAUAGACUCUGUGUGUGUGUGUGUGUGUGUGUGUGUUCGUUUGGGAGUAAAAAAGAAAAUAAGCCUCUGGGUAAAUCAGUUGAAAUAUCCUGAGAAGGUGCUUUGUACAGUAAUAGAAUAUUGUCCUUAUACAGCUAAGUGGAUCACAAAAAUGUCAUAUAUCUUUAACUUAAAUAGAAAGAUGUAAAAGAAAAAAAUACAUUGGGGAAAAAGUACAUUUUGCACACAUGCAGACUGUAAUUGCUGUAAAUAAUAGGCAAAAUCUAUUUACCAAACUCUCUAUGAAUGGACUGAUAUUUGUUGUUGUUGUUUUUUUUGUUUUUUUUUUGAGAAUUUGUUUACUCUAAAGUCCACUGCACACAUACAGAUUCUCUCUCUGUCUCUCUCUUUCUCUCGCUCCUUCUCUUUCUCGCUCUCUCUUAUUUGUCACUCAUGUUGUACAGCUGCCUCCAGGAUGUUGGACUGGACAUUGCUCUGUACAUUGCUCUGUUAAAAUGUGAGAGGCAUCUUUGGUUUAUUUCAGCAUGACUUACUAGCAGGACUGUAUCUCUUAGUUGACAGGUGCAAUUUGUUCAAUGUAACAUCCUUUUGUAAGAGUAUUUUAUUUUUGUGUGUAAUUAGUUCUGAUUAAAAACUGGCCUUUGGCACCAAA